UUGACAAAUUGUCAAAUGAUAUCGUGAAAGCGAAUCCGCCCGCCACAAAUAUUUUUAUAACUAUAAUACAGUGAUGGACCGUCUGUGUUAGAGAAGCGUAGUCGUUAUCUUUCAAUAAACAAAAUAUUGUUUAAUUUACCUGCGAUACAAUAAUUUUAUGAUCUCAUAAGCAUUCAAUUGUAGCAUCAGUGCGUAAUUAAUAUUUUAAAUCGUUUUGCUGCUGUAUCGAUAAGUUACAACCAUACUUUGGAGAUGACUCUGCGCCAAGAGUCCCCACCACCACUGGCAUCGCCUCUGCUACACGAUGCAGUGCCUGGAGAGAGUUCGCCGCCCCUUGCUGACGAACACUUCGAUGAUGAAUUUGAAGAUGCAACAGACGAAUUACCAGAAAACACUACCCCGGACUUGCACACAGCAUUUAAUGACUGUGAGGUGGCGAUACGCAAAUUCUUUAAUAACGACUUAACCGGUGCCAUGACUAUUAUGAAGCCAUGGCAACGCACCUCUGUGUACCACAGCCUUGGUGCCGCUAUAUUCGAAUUCAUACCUGCUAUGUUGACGUUCGACUCAUCACAAAUCAACAAUGCUUUAUCGGCACUCAAAAUAGCGAUUGCCAUCUGUCACGAACAAAGGAAAAACUACACCUUUGUAGAAAGCAUCGGCACGAUCAUUAAAAAGCCUAAUUACGCAACAUACACCGAUAUGGAAGCUCAUGCUGAACUGUGUUAUGCAGAAACGUUAAUGCUUCAGGCAGCCAUGACUAUAAUGGAAGGAGAAGAUCUUACAGGAUUUAUUAAAGGAACCAUCAAGAUUAAAAAUUGUUACAACAGCUAUCGGGAAUGCUCUAAGAUAUUGGAGAAGAAGCAAUGGGAGACCGAGGAAUCGAAGAUCCAGUUCCAAAGUGGUGUGCGGCUGGGAGUCGCCACGUUUAACGUGAUGAUCUCCUUGCUGCCACCAAAAAUAAUAAGCGUGUUGGAGUUCGUGGGCUUCUCUGGAAAUAAGAGUCUUGGGCUUGCUGAGCUCGAGGCUGGCUCGCGCGCCCCGGGAAUGCGAUCGGUGUUGUGCGACCUGACGCUGCUUGGGUACCACUUGGUGAUUUGCCACUUCAUUGGUGCCAUCGGGGACCUGCCCGUCUGUGAGCGAAUACUACACAAGCAGUUAAAGGUGUUCCCGGAGAGCGUGUGGUUCCUCAUGUUCAAAGGUCGUAUCGAGCUGAUACGCGGACAAUUCGAUACUGCGAUUGACACUUACAAUCGCGCUAUCACUAGUCAAAGGGAUUGGAGACAAUUCCACCAUGUCUGCUUCUGGGAGAUCAUGUGGGUGAACAGUUUGAAGAUGGAGUGGCGCGAGUCGGCACUGUACGCCAGCAGGCUGUUAGAAGAGAGUACUUGGUCAAGGACUAUAUAUUCAUACUCAAAGGCAGCCAUGUUGCUGCAAUUAGAUGACAUCACUGUCGCCGAGAAGAAGCAGUGUGCUGAACUGAUGCGGUCUGCGAGUUACUACAAACAACGUAUCGCGGGCAAGUCCCUGCCGAUGGAGAAGUUUGUAAUAAAGCGAGGCGCGCGCUUCCAGGCGCAAGGCGGCCGCCUCCUGCUGCCCGCCAUCGAGCUGCUCUGUCUCUGGAACAUGUUCCAGAUCCUCGCCAAGAACGAGAGAGAUGCACAGAACGUCCUCAAGUUAAUAGAGUCUACUAUCGAGCGCGUUGAGAACGAGAAUCGCGAGUGGAUGGCUGGCUAUGAAGCGGAUAACCGUGCGUUGCUGCGCUUCCUGAAAGGAUGUUGCCUGGCCGCCAUGAACCUGCCACGCUUAGCUCUCGACACCUUCGACGCAGUCUUCCACUUCAAGAAUGACAUAAAGGAAGAUACCUUCUUGCUCCCUUACACCUUGUCUGAGAUGGCCAUGUGUCACUACCAGCUCGGAGAUAGAGACCGCGCUCUACAAAUGUUACAGGAAACCAGAAAAAAGUACUCGGGCUAUUCGUUGGAAUCUCGUCUACAUUUCCGCCUGCAUUCGAAACUAGAUUAUAUAAAAAAUGGCAGCCAUGGAGCGAGUACCGCUCGGAGUGGAAGUUCUUCCUAAACCACCCAGGAUUGGAUCACCCAUAUAUUAUUGUAGCAUAAUUACUGCUUUCGUAUAAAACCAUAUGAAUCUCUUGCAUCCGUCUACAACUUAUUAUUGUCUUUGUUUGUUAUAUACUCCAUUUAAUAUUUACUAAGUAAUUUAUACCAUAGAAUGCAUAUUCGUAUUCAUAUUAAAUCUGAUCUGUAUAAUCUAUUAUAUAAAAAUAAGUCGGGUUUUCCUUCCUGACGCUAUAACUCCAGAACGCAAGAACCGAUUUCCAUGGUUUUGCAUUCAUUGGAAAGGUCUCGGGCUCCGUAAGGUUUAUAGCAAAGAAAAUUCUGGAAAAAUUCCAAGAGAAAAGCGGGAACACUGGGAAAAUUAUUGGUGGCGAAACGGAGUUCGCCGGGUUUGCUAGUUAUGCAUAUAAUUCUAUUGUUUUUAUAUAAAAUGUAAAUUAUUUUCUCAUUUAUGAUAGUUACUUUGUCUUCUCGACGUAUAUUGAUGUGUUUAUUUAUUAAGUAUACAUUUUAAGGACUAACCGGUGGAAUUAUACACUAUACAAUAUAGUAGAAAGCAUUUAGAUAGUAGUAAAUUACUUCCAUAAGUCUAGUCUCAAAGUACAAGCUUAAAUAACAAUUGUAUGGAAACUAUUUGCAUAUCAAGGACAGAACUCAAUAAUCGCUGACACAUGUAAAAUCUCAUUUAUUCAUUAGUUAAUUAAUCACAUUGUGUUAAAAACGGAUAUGAUUUUUUCAUAACGUUUUAGUUGAUUAAAAUUUUAAUAUUAAUAAAUUAGCUAAAUCUCUAAGAGUAAAUUUAAAAUCUAAAAUGUAACCACGGGGUUAUGGUUUCUCUUUCUUGAUAACGUCUAUAAAAAGGAAACCUACCUACCCACAUUUGAAAAAUGUCGUAGAAUUGCAAGAUAUGUUUUGUGGUACAAUUUAAUUGGCCACACGAUGACAGUCUGAAUAGUCAUUCAAUUUUUUAUAACCAAGUAUAGUAUAGUAGUGUUUUUGUUACUUAUAUAUUGUGUUUUAUUUUAUUGUUUUAUUUGUGUUUUGUUAUUAUUUAUUGACUGCAUCGUUAGUCGCGUUUCAACACCGGAUCGGUAAUUAUAUUGAGUAGUAAAAUAUUCCACUACUUAUUAUGUUAUUAUUUGUAACUGACAUAAGCGACUGAACUGUAUCCACAUCUCUAUUGCAAUCAUGUUGUGUAAUCGUAGAGAGCUAAUUAAUUUGUCACGACAUUAAAUAAAAUACGCUCUCUAUUAUAUUAGUGAUAAUUAUUUUGCAUAGUACAAAGGUGAUUUGUUCAAAACUUUGAAUCUGCAAUCUCAUUAUAAUCUCGUGUCCUUCACAGGGAACACCUUUCCGGUGAGAAGAUUAUGUUAAGUUAUAAAUUAAUUAAUUGGCAGCUAAAUAUUUUUUGUAAUUGAUUUUGCUAAGUAACGUUAAUUCUCACAUUCAUGUACUUAAUGAAGCCUUCAUAUCGUUUUCCAUGGUAAAAGUAUGUGACAAUGUGACGAAUAGCGUUGAAACAGCCAGUUUUAGGAACAAUUGAAAUAAAUGUUUGUAUGGGCUGUGAACUGUGAUCGACAUUAAUGCAAACUGGUACUAAAAAUAACCACGAGAUUCGACAUACAAUGGAGGUACAAAUACUCCCUAAGCACGAUAAGCAUCAUUGGUAUUCGAUAGGUAUAUGACGUAUAGUUGUAUGCCAGGUCAUACAUAGGUCAGGAUCGCGUUAUGUAUUUGCGCUUUAUUUUUGUUGUUUAUUAAUGUUUUUUGUUGAAUUAAAGGUGUGAUAAUAUUAAAGUGGUGAUAGUAAAUAAGUGUUACAAUUUAAUUAUGUAUUUAAGGUAUAUAUUUUUUAUAAAACUAACUAUUAAAAAAUCUUAAACACAUGAAGUCUUCGUGCUUCUUGUUACCACGAAAUAUAAAUCGUGCUGGUACGGUGAAAUAUUGACGUGUAGUUCUUGCCUUGAUUAAUGACAAAUUGUAUCAAACACCAUGCUCAAUCGCACUGUCUUAGGGCCUAUUUCACAAUGUCUGGAUAGCCGCUAUGUCCUACAUAUAUUUGAAUUAAGGACAUAUUUUGUAUGAACUAUCUGCCACAGGUUUUUGGGUACUUAUAUGAUGGUGGUGAAACAGGCGCUUAAUCUGCUUUACACGCUUGUAAUCUGUUAGAUAUGCCUAACUAAAUAUUUUAUUAUAUCAACAAUUUCCAUGUAAUUUAUGUAUGUAAACAAAAUAGUAAUCAAAAUGUUACCAUUAUUUUAAUCAUCAUAGUAAUGUGACAUAUCCACAGAAACGGUAUGUUGUGUGUUUAAUUACCUACAAUAAAAUACUAUUAAACCGACUUCGAAAAAAUAAGAAGUCUUUAAACUAAAUCUAAACAAUAAUCGAAUUAAUCGUAAUUUAAUAUUUUCCUUAAAAUAAAUACAAAAAUAGUAGUAACUGUAAACUUAGUACAAAUCAAUACAAAAUAUUGUUUUAUUCAAAGUGCUUCUAAACAGGCAAUAUUACCUAUUAUGCUAUAUUUGACUUCAACGCAGUAACCAUUGCAGAUAAUUAUAUCCUGUAUAUCCAAACAAUAAUAUUUAUUUUUAUAAAAUUUAACUAAUAUUUGCGUUACCCAUUUAUGGGCAAAGUGCGCCAUAAUGAAACAGCAAUUAUUGUAGAAAAUUAGUACCUGUAUAGAAGCAUAUUACAGUAUACCAUUUUAUCUAUUGAUGUCUGUGAAAUUAGAUUAGUUUAGAUUUCUACAUAGUAAUUUAAAUUAUUCAACCGCACAGCAAUCACAUAAAAAUACAACCGUGAUUGAAAACUAAUACCAACUUGUACCAAUAGAUGGCGUUACUGAGUCAAAUUUAACUAACCAAGAAAGACGCCGCGCCAGCAAGAUGUCGCAUGUGACAUUACUCGUACUUUUAUAAGUAUUUGGUAAUUUAAAUCAUUAUUCGGAGACCGUAAUAUUUCUAUCUAAAGGUUCCAAAAUCGAUAUUGUAUAAUCUGUCUUUUUGAAAAUAUUAAUGUCAAUAAAGAUUUGAAAUAAUU